AUUAAGUCUCUGUUUCUCUCUUCUUCUUUUUCCAUGCGUUUCUCUGUUUACACAUUGAUGGUGGUUUUAUGUUUGAAAGAUGUUAUGAGCUGAUGUUGAACAGGUGGUUUGACCAGCUUGAGCUUGUGGGUGUUUUGGUGUAGGACCCGACUGUAGUUCGAAUCACAUAGGUGUCCAAAAGAAAAUUUAGCCCACCCCUGUAAAAAAUCCUAGAUCUGCCAUUGCACACUUAGUACCCUAAGAGCUAAGAAUUAAGAUAGAAAAGAGAGAGAAAUAGAAAUGGAUGGCGUUGGAGUAGAAGUUAGCAAGAGGCCUCAUGCUGUGUGUCUCCCAUUCCCAGCUCAAGGUCACAUAGGCCCAAUGAUGAAGUUAGCAAAGCUCCUACAUCACAGAGGUUUUCACAUAACCUUUGUCAACAGUGAGUACAACCACAAACGCUUGCUCAAAUCCCGAGGCCCCUCCGCCCUCCACAUCUCCCAGGACUUCUGUUUCGAAGCCAUCCCCGAUGGUCUGCCUCCUACGGACGCUGACACUACGCAAGACAUCCCGUCUCUUUGUGACUCCACAAGCAAGACUUGCUUAGGACCAUUUCGCAACCUGCUUGCUAACCUUAGUCUUGACAAGGCCCUCCCACCGGUGACUUGUAUUGUCUCCGAUGGUGUCAUGUCAUUCACCGUCAAAGCCGGUGAAGAUCUUGGAAUUCCGGUGGCGCUGUUCUGGACUACAAGUGCAUGUGGCUUCAUGGCCUACACGCAGUAUCGCCAACUUAUUGACAAAGGUCUUACACCACUCAGAGGUGAGGCUUCUUUAACAAACGGGUAUUUGGACACCACGAUAGACUGGAUUCCAGGAAUGAAGGAUAUUCGUCUGAGAGAUCUCCCAAGCUUUGUACGUACCACAGAUCCAGAAGACAUGAUGCUAAGCUUCGUCAUGGGGGAGGUAGAAAGAGCUUCCAAAGCUUCUGCUAUCAUCUUAAACACUUACGACACAUUGGAAUAUGAAGUGUUGGAGGCUCUUUCUUCAAUGUUUCCUCCAAUUUACACCAUUGGCCCCAAUCACUUGCUUGUGAACAAGAUUGUUCCUCAGAACACUAUAUUGUCAUCGAUUGGUUCCAGCCUUUGGAAAGAAGAGCCUGAGUGCCUACAAUGGCUGGAUUCCAAGGAACCCAACUCGGUGGUUUAUGUUAAUUUUGGGAGCAUUACUGUUAUGACACCCCUACAGCUUGUUGAGUUUGCUUGGGGUCUUGCUAAUAGCAAAAAGCCCUUUUUGUGGACAAUUAGGCCUGACCUUGUGAAGGGUGACGCUGCUAUUCUCCCAUCGGAAUUUGCCCAAGAAACGAAACAAAGAGGUAUGUUGGUCAGUUGGGCACCACAAGAGGAAGUUCUGAACCACCCUUCUAUAGGAGGAUUCUUGACACACAGUGGCUGGAACUCCACCAUUGAGAGCUUGAGUGCUGGAGUGCCAAUGGUUAUAUGGCCGUUUUUCGCGGACCAGCAGACGAACUGUUGGUUCUCGUGCACUCAGUGGGGAGUUGGCUUGGAGAUUGAUAGCAAUGUGAAGAGGAGUGAAGUGGAGAAGCUUGUGAGAGAAUUAAUGUCGGGUGAGAAAGGGAAAGAGAUGAGAAAGAACGCCAUGGAGUGGAAGGGAAAGGCAGAGGAAGCUACUGGUCCAAGGGGUUCUUCAUUACUGAAUUUGGAGAAGUUGGUUAAAGAUGUACAGCUGCAGCCAUCAAAACCCAAGUAGCUAGAGAGAUAAUCAACCCUGGUCCAGGGGCUUUGAACUUUGCAAUUUGUUUUAUAGAAAAGUAGUCGCAAGUAUUGCCAUCAAUAAUCUUCGAUGACCAUAUGUUAUAUGUCUGAACCAAUACAUGGCUUGAGCCCACUUUUCCCGAUAUUUUAAGCAGUUUGCUACAAUAAUAAUUGUUUUGGCA